GGGUACACCACUGAUGACAUAGAGUUCUACUGGCGAGGAGGUGACAAUGCUGUGACGGGGGUGGAGAGAAUAGAACUCCCCCAGUUCUCCAUUGUGGACCACAAACUCAUCUCCAAGAAUGUUGUCUUCUCUACAGGUGAUGUCUUAUGCCCCAAAUGCCCCUAAUGAAGCUUCUCUCAUUAACGUAUCCCUAUAGCUAGGUACAGAUACACGCGGUAAUUGAGGUAAUAUGUACAUGUAGGUAGAGUUAUUGAAGUGACUAUGCAUAGAUAAUAAACAGAGAGUAGCAGCAGCGUAAAGGGGGGGGGGGGGGGGGGGGGGAAGCUGUUUAGAAGCCUCUUGGACCUAGACUUAGCGCUCCGGUACUGCUUGUCGUGCGGUAGCAGAGAGAACAGUCUAUGAUUAGGGUGGCUGGGCCUUCCUCUGACACUGCCUGGUAUAGAGGUCCUGGAUGGCAGGAAGCCAGUGAUGUACUGGGCCGUACGCACUACCCUCUGUAGUGCCUUGCGGUCGGAGGACGAGCAUUUGCCAUACCAGGCAGUGAUGCAACCAGUCAGGAUGCUCUCAAUGGUGCAGCUGUAGAACCUUUUGAGGAUCUGGGGACCCAUGCCAAAUCUUUUCAGUCUCCUUAGGGGGAAUAGGUUUUGUCGUGCCCUCUUCACGACUGUAUUGUUGUGCUUGGACCAUGUUAGUUUGUUGGUGAUGUGGACUUGAAGCUCUCAACCUGCUCCACUACAGCCCCGUCGAUGAGAAUGGGGGCGUGCUCAGUCCUCUUCUUUUUCCUGUAGUCCACAAUCAUCUCCUUUGUCUUGAUCACGUUGAGGGAGAGGUUGUUGUCCUGGCACCACACGGCCAGGUCUCUGACCUCCUCCCUAUAGGCUGUCGAGUCGUUGUCAGUGAUCAGGCCUACCACUGUUGUGUCAUCGGCAAACUUAAUGAUGGUGUUGGAGUCGUGACUGGCCAUGAGGUCAUGAGUGAGCAGGGAGUACAGGAGGGGCCCCCGUGUUAAGGAUCAGCGUGGCGGAUGUGUUGUUACCUACCCUUCCAUUACCACCUGGGGUGCGGCCCGUCAGCAAGUCCAGGAUCCAGUUGCAGAGUGAGGUGAUUAGUCCCAGGGUCCUUAGCUUAAUGAUGAGCUUUGAGGGCUGAUCUGUAGUCAAUGAAUAGCAUUCUCACAUAGGUGUUCCUUUUGUCCAGGUGUGAAAGGGCAGUGUGGAGCGCAAUAGAGAUUGCAUCAUCUCUGGAUGUGUUGGGCCGGUAUGCAAAUUGGAGUGGGUCUAGGGUUUCUGGGAUAAUGGUGUUGAUGUGAGCCAUGACCAGCCUUUCAAAGCACUUCAUGGCUACAGACGUGAGUGCUACGGGUCGAUAGUCAUUUAGGCAGGCUACCUUAGUGUUAUUGGGCACAGGGACUAUGGUGUUCUGCUUGAAACAUGUUGGUAUCAGACAGGGAGUUGUUGAAAACGUCAGUGAAAACACUUGCCAGUAGGUCAGCACAUGUUCGGAGUACACGUCCUGGUAAUCCGUCUGGCCCUGCGUCCUUGUGAAUGUUGACCUGUUUAAAGGUCUUACUCACGUUGGCUACGGAGAGCGUGAUCACACAGUCGUCCGGAACAGCUGAUGCUCUUAUGCAUGUUUCAGUGUUACUUGCCUCGAAGCGAGCAUAGAAGUAAUUUAGCUCGUCUGGUAGGCUCGUGUCACUGGGCAGCUCGCAGCUGUGCUUCCCUUUGUAGUCUGUAAUAGUUUGCAAGCCCUGCCACAUCCGACGAGCGUCGGAGCCAGUGUAGUACGAUUCGAUCUUAGUCCUGUAUUGACGGUUUGUCUGUUUGAUGGUUCGUCGAAGGGCGUAGCGGGAUUUCUUCUAAGCUUCUGGGUUAGAGUUCCACUCCUUGAAAGCGGUAGCUCUACCCUUUAGCUCAGUGCGGAUGUUGCCUGUAAUCCAUGGCUUCUGGUUGGGGUAUGUACGUACAGUCGCUGUGGGGACGACGUCAUCGAUGCACUUAUUGAUGAAGCCAAUGACUGAUGUGGUGUACUCCUCAAUGCCAUCGGAAGAAUCCCGGAACAUAUUCCAGUCUGUGCUAUUAAAACAGUCCUGUAGCUUAGCAUUUGCUUCAUCUGACUACUUUUUAUUGACCGAGUCACUGGUGCUUCUUGCUUUAGUUUGUGCUUGUAAGCAGGAAUCAGGAGGAUAGAAUUAUGGUCAGAUUUGCCAAAUGGAGGGCGAGGGAGAGCUUUGUACGCAUCUCUGUGUGUGGAGUAAAGGUGGUGUAGAGUUUUUUUCCCUCUGGUUGCACAUUUAAUAUGCUGAUAGAAAUGAGGUAAAACUGAUGUAAGUUUCCCUGCAUUAAAGUCCCUGACCACUAGGAGCGCCGCCUCUGGAUGAGUGUUUUCCUGUUUGCUUAUGGCCCUAUACAGUUAAUUGAGUGCGGUCUUAGUGCCAGCAUCGGUUUGUGGUGGUAAAUAGAUAGCUACGAAGAAUAUAGAUGAAAACUCUCUUGGUAGAUAGUGUGGUCUACAGCUUAUCAUGAGAUACUCUACCUCAGGCGAGCAAAACUUCGAGACUUCCUUAGAUAUCGUGCAACAGCUGUUGUUGACAAAUAUACAAUAAACCUUGUCUUACCAGAUCUCCCCUGAUUGCAUGUAGCUUUGACAUUGGAUCUCCUCUGACAGGCUGGCAUAUGCAUUCUGUUUCUAGGACAUUUGGCACAUACAGUGAGGGAAAAAAGUAUUUGAUCACCUGCUGAUUUUGUACGUUUGCCCACUGACAAAGACAUGAUCAGUCUAAAAUUUUAACGGUAGGUUUAUUUGAACAGUGAGAGACAGAAUAACAACAACAAAAAUCCAGAAAAACGCAUGUCAAAAAUGAAUUGAUUUGCAUUUUAAUGAGGGAAAUAAGUAUUUGACCCCUCUGCAAAACAUGACUUAGCACUUGGUGGCAAAACCCUUGUUGGCAAUCACAGAGGUCAGACGUUUCUUGUAGUUGGCCACCAGGUUUGCACACAUCUCAGGAGGGAUUUUGUUCCACUCCUCUUUGCAGAUCUUCUCCAAGUCAUUAAGGUUUCGAGGCUGACGUUUGGCAGCUCAAACCUUCAGCUCCCUCCACAGAUUUUCUAUGGGAUUAAGGUCUGGAGACUGGCUAGGCCACUCCAGGACCUUAAUGUGCUUCUUCUUGAGCCACUCCUUUGUUGCCUUGGCCGUGUGUUUUGGGUCAUUGUCAUGCUGGAAUACCCAUCCACGACCCAUUUUCAAUGCCCUGGCUGAGGGAAGGAGGUUCUCACCCAAGAUUUGACGGCACAUGGCCCCGUCCAUCGUCCCUUUGAUGCGGUGAAGUUGUCCUGUCCCCUUAGCAGAAAAACACCCCCAAAGCAUAAUGUUUCCACCUCCAUGUUUGACGUGGGGAUGGUGUUCUUGGGGUCAUAGGCAGCAUUCCUCCUCCUCCAAACACGGCGAGUUGAGUUGAUGCCGAAGAGCUCAAUUUUGGUCUCAUCUGACCACAACACUUUCACCCAGUUCUCCUCUGAAUCAUUCAGAUGUUCAUUGUCAAACUUCAGACGGCCCUGUAUAUGUGCUUUCUUGAGCAGGGGGACCUUGCGGGCGCUGCAGGAUUUCAGUCCUUCACGGCGUAGUGUGUUACCAAUUGUUUUCUUGGUGACUAUGGUCCCAGCUGCCUUGAGAUCAUUGACAAGAUCCUCCUGUGUAGUUCUGGGCUGAUUCCUCAUCAUUCUCAUGAUCAUUGCAACUCCACGAGAUGAGAUCUUGCAUGGAGCCCCAGGCCGAGGGAGAUUGACAGUUCACCAACUGUUGUCACCUUCUCACCAAGCUGCUUGGCGAUGGUUUUGUAGCCCAUUCCAGCCUUGUGUAGGUCUACAAUCUUGUCCCUGACAUCCUUGGACAGCUCUUUGGUCUUGGCAUUGGUGGAGAGUUUGGAAUCUGAUUGAUUGAUUGCUUCUGUGGACAGGUGUCUUUUAUACAGGUAACAAGCUGAUAUUAGGAGCACUCCCUGUAAGAGUGUGCUCCUAAUCUCAGCUUGUUACCUGUAUAAAAGAUACCAGGGAGCCAUACAUCUUUCUGAUUGAGAGGGGGUCAAAUACUUAUUUCCCUCAUUAAAAUGCAAAUCAAUUUAUAAACAUUUUUGACAUACGUUUUUCUGGAUUUUUUUGUUGUUAUUCUGUCUCUCACUGUUCAAAUAAACCUACCAUUAAAAUUAUAGACUGAUAAUUUCUUUGUCAGUGGGCAAACGUACAAAAUCAGCAGGGGAUCAAAUACUUUUUUCCCUCACUGUAGGGGGAGGUGGGAGGAGAGUGAGGCUCCUAUGAAGGGGGAGGAGUGAUGGAGGGUCCAGAGAGAGAGGUGGAGGGGAGACUCCGUGGUGGUGCCGGAACAGAUGUGGGACGUUCCCGCUUCAGCCGAACUGGCACAGGCCCCUCAGAAAUGGAGCAUGCUCAUGUGUUAUUUAAAAAAUAAAUGGUUUGAUGGAAUGAUUUAUUCAUAAUCUUACAUUUUCAUAUUCAUGAAUUUGUCAUGCAAGCAGGCAGGAGUACAAUGGUAUUGUAUAUAGAGGGUCGGGGAAACUACUUUAUUGAAUUGGAUCAAUAUAAUGACACAGAGUGAGUCAAACAAUUACAGAGUUCAUGUGUCCCCUUUAACUGGUAAACCCGACGUUUUCUGAUGCAUAGAGAAUGUACAGUAGUUAUAGCUUAUCCGUAUCUCUAUGGGCUGUGACUGCACUGCUUAGGCAUUGAGGAUGGGGGAUUCCCAUUUUCUACUGCAGCCCGCUGAGACUAGUAAGGACUGACCCUCAGGUCACAUGGAGAAGCACACAUCAGCAGAAAUGGUUGGCAUUUAUCCAAUACAACCCCCUAUGUUGUGGUAAGGACAGAAAAAUGCCCUCUAUUAACAAGAUUGCGACACCUCCCCUCUGUAACCGUAACAACCCCACUGUUUCAUUAGUCCUUGAGGAAACCCUUCCUGCAUCUCUAAUUGCCGUGGGCUGCACACUAAACUCACGAAAACUAACUGUGAACUACUCACUGGAGAUGUGUGCUGGAGGUGUUUUUAUGCCCACUCUGUCAUAUAUUCACCUUUCUUCUCCUACUCCUCCUGCACCUGCUGUUUAGCUUUUCCUCAGCUCCUUAUACCGUGGGUCCUUCUUGAUGUCAGCUCUAACGGUCCUCCCUCGCCUGCCAUUGUAAUAGAAUAAUACAACCUAACUAAAAUACAACCCAAUCCCCAAGGACACAAAAAUAUGAGCAUGUUCAAGUAAUGCUGCCAUACAACGGCCUGCUGGGUUUAUUUCAAAGAAAGCCUAGAUAAGCAAAAAUAGAGGGCUCUCCUAGGCAGGCAAAGAACCCCUCUCGCCAUACAUAUAGAUAUAGGCAUAACUGAUAGUGCAAGAGAACGCUGAUGCCACAGAGUUAAAGCCAGAACCAGGAUUUUUUCUGCUGAGUGUUUACCCAUCAGAGAUAUUGGAGAGGACAACAGGGAGUGGAACCCUUCAGGCAGCCUUUGUCAGGCAAAGGAUGUUAGUCCUAUAUACUGUAGACAUAGCCUCAGGAGGCAAGCAUAAAGCAAGGUAAAGUCAAUAGAAACUGAUCCGGAUGAGAGGACAGAGGAAAAUAGCAGUGUCUUACACACCACUUGUAUGUAUGUUAGUCUUGUGUCAUCUUACGUUGACAAUGUCUACUCUCCCUAUAGGAUCCUACCCCCGACUCUCCCUCAGCUUCAAGCUAAAGAGGAACAUCGGCUAUUUCAUCCUGCAGACCUACAUGCCCUCUAUCCUGAUCACAAUCCUCUCCUGGGUCUCCUUCUGGAUCAACUAUGACGCCUCCGCUGCCAGAGUGGCUUUGGGUAGGUACUUGUUUGUCAUGGAUUUUUUUCAUGUGACCAGUGACUAAGCUCACGACAACAUUAGCCAAAGCACAAGCCUGAGGCAUGGUUUAGCUACUGGGAAUCCAUAGUGUAAGGGCUGGAUUCAAUCCGUAUCGUGGAUGUAUCACGGAAGAUCCGCAAUUUUUUUUAAACGGGAAUUUCUGAUUGAGCUAACAUAUGCAGCAUUUACCAUGAAUACAGUCUCCGCGACCACGGGAACUUGCCUUUAAUUGUCAAUUGCGCUAUAAAGCAGAUCUUCAGAGCUAUGGAUAGAAAAGAGCCCUAACACUACAUCAUACUACAUACUAACAUAAUGGGAUGCUGUUUCUUUUCACAAAGAUCUAUAGUGGUUUUGAAUCUAAUCUCUAAUAGUUUCACCUUGUAUUGCCAAAACAUAUUUUGUUGAGUUCACAUGAAGGACAGGGAGGAUCUAAAAGAUUUGUCCACAUUUAUGUUUUACUUUAACUUUUUCAAAUCCAAUAAAAAAUUAAAAAAUGUGCCACGAUGCAGAGUAAAAUAAUUUAAAUAAACAUACAAAUAGUAACAUAAAAGGAACAAAAUAUACAAGAAUGGAGCUAUAUACAGGGAGUACCAGUACCAGAUCAAUGUGCAGAGGUACGAGGUAUUUGAGGUAGAUACAGUUUGUUACGCUACAAAUGUAUUCUAAAAAUAUUAAAUCGAUUUUUUUCCUCAUCAAUCUAUACAAAAUACCCCAUAAUGACAAAGCAAAAACAGGUUUUUAGAAAUGUAUUAAAAAUAGAAAAUGGAAAUAUCACAUUUACGUAAGUAUUCAGACCCUUUACUCAGUACUUUGUUGAAGCACCUUUGGCAGCGAUUACAGCAUCGAGUCUUCUUCGGUAUGAUGCUACAAGCUUGACACACCUGUAUUGGCGGCAGGUAGCUUAGUGGGUAAGAGCAUUGUGCCAGUAACCGAAAGGUCGCUGGUUCUAAUCCCCGAGCCGACUAGGUGAAAAGUAUGUCGAUGUGCCCUUAAGCAAGGCACUUAACCCUAAUUGCUCAUGUAAGUCGCUCUGGAUAAGAGCGUCUGCUAAAUGACUAAAAUGUAAAUGUUAAAAUAUUUGGGGAGUUUCUCCCAUUUAUCUCUGCAGAUCCUCUCAAGCUAUGUCAGGUUCGAUGGGGAGCGUUGCUGCACAGCUAUUUCCGGUUCUCUCCAGAGAUGUUCUGGGUUCUGGGGCCACUCAAGGACAUUUAGAGACUUGUCCCGAAGCCACAUCUGACAUUGUCUUGGCUGUGUGCUUAGGGUCAUUGUCCUGUUGGAAGGUGAACCUUCGCCCGAGUCUGAGGUCCUGGAGCAGGUUUUCAUCAAGGAUGAUAUUUCCCUCGAUCCUGACUAGUCUCCCAGUCUCUGCCACUGAAAAACAUCCCCACAGCAUGAUGCUGCCACCACCAUGCUUCACCAUAGGGAAGGUGCCAGGUUUCCUCCAGACGUGACGCUUGGCAUUCAGGCCAAAUAAUUACAUCUUGGUUUCAUCAGACCAGAGAAACUUGUUUGUCAUGGUCUGAGAGUCUUUAGGUGCCAAACUCCAAGCGGGUUGUCAUGUGCCUUUUACUGAGGAGUGGCUUCCGUCUGGCCACUCUACCAUAAAUGCCUGAUUGAUGGAGUGCUGCAGAGAUGGUUGUCCUUCUGGAAGGUUCUCCCAUCGCCACAGAGGAACUCUGGAGCUCUGUAAGCGUGACCAUUGGGUUCUUGGUCACCUCCCUGACCAAGGCCCUUCUCCCCCGAUUGCUCAGUUUGACCAGGCGGCCAGCUCUAGGAAGAGUCUCGGUGUUUCCAAACUUCUUCUACUUAAGAAUGAUGGAGGCCACUGUGUUCUUGGGGGGACCUUCAAUGCUGCAGAAAUGUUUUGGUACCCUUCUGCAGAUCUGUGCCAUCGACACAAUCCUGUCUCGGAGCUCUACGGACAAUUCCUUCGACCUCAUGGCUUGGUUUUUGCUCUGACAUGCAAUGUCAACUGUGGGACCUUAUAUAAACUGGUGUGUGCCUUUCCAAAUCAUUUCCAAUCAAUUGAAUUUACCACAGGUGGACUCCAAUCAAUUUUAACAACAACAUCUUAAGGAUGAUCAAUGAAAACAGGAUGCACCUGAGCUCAAUUUCGAUUCUCAUAGCAAAGGGUCUGAAUACUUAUGUAAAUAAGAUAUUUAUGUUUUUUAUUUUUAAUAAAUGUGCGGAAAUUUCUAAAAACCUGUUUUCGCUUUGUCAUCAUGGGAUAUUGUGUGUAGAUUGCUGAGGAUGUUUAGUUUUUUAAUCCAUUUUAGAAUAAGGCUGUAACGUAACAACAUUUGGAAAAAGGGAAGGGGUCUGAAUACUUUCCGAAGGCACUGUAUGUACAUAAAGGCAGGGUAAAGUGACUAGGCAUCAGGAUAGAUAAUAAUAAGAGUAAGAAUAAAGAACGGAGUUGUAGCAGCAUAUGAUGAGUGUGAAAUUGUGUGUGUGUAUAUUUGUGUGCUUGUGUAGUGUAUGUGAAUGUGUGUGGGUUUUGUGUGAGAGUAUCAGUGUAGUGUGUGUGUGAGUGAAUAUAUAUAGUCUUGUGAGUGUGUAUAGAUAGUGCAUAGAUAGGGUCAAUGCAGAUAGUCCAGGUAACCAUUUAAUUAACAAUUUAGCAGUCUUAUGGCUAUUUAGCAGUCUUAUGGCUUUGGUGAAGAAGCUCUCGGAGCCUGUUGGUCAGAGAGCCGAUGCUCCAGCACCGUUUGCCGGAUGGUAGCAGAGUGAACAGUCUAUUGCUUGGGUGGCUGAAGUCUUUAGCAAAUUUUUCAGGCCUUCCUAUGACACCGCCUGAUAUAGAGGUCCUGGAUGGCUGGGAGCUCGGCCCCAGUGAUGUACUGGGCCGCCCGCACCACCCUCUGUAGUGCUUUGCUGUCGAGGGCGGUGAACUUGUCAUACCAAGCGGUGAUGCAGCCAGUCAAGAUGCUCUGGAUUGUGCAGCUUUAGAACUUUUUUAAAUCCGAGGGCCCAUGCCAAAUCUUUUCAACCUCCUGAGGGGGAAGAGGCGCUGUCGAGCCCUCUUCACAACUGUGCGUGUCUGUUUGGACCAUGUUAAGUUCUUAAUGAUGUGGAUGCCAAGCAACUUGAAGCUCUCGACCCGCUCCAUUACAGCCCUGUCGAUGUGGAUGAGGGCGUACUCUCCCCUCUUUCUCCUGUAGUUAACAUUCAGCUCCUUGGUCUUACUGCCGUUGAGGGAGAGGUUGUUGUCCUGACACCACACUGCCAAGUCUCUGAUCUCCUCCCUGUAGGCUGUCUCAUCGCCGCCGGUGAUCAGGCCUACCACCGUCGUGUCGUCAGCAAACUUGAUGAGGGUGUUGGAGUCGUGCGUAGCCACAAGGUCAUGGGUGAACCGGGAGUAAAGCUGGGGACUAAGCACCCACCCCUGAGGGGCCCCCAUGUUGAGGUUCAGCUUGGCGGAGGUGUUGUUGCCUACCUUUACCACCGGGGGCCAGCCUGUCAGGAAGUCCAGGAUUCAGUUGCAGAGGGAGGUGUUCAGUCCCAGGGUUCUGAGCUUGGUGAUGAUCUUGGGGGGAUUAUGGUAUUGAACGCUGAUCUGUAGUCUAUGAACAACAUUCUCACAUAGUUAAUUCCACUCUUGUCCAGGUGGUAGAGGGCAGUGUGAAGUGCAAUUGAGAUUGCAUCAUCUGUGGAUCUGUUGGGGCGGUAUGGAGUGGGUCCAGCGUGUUUGAUAUGAUGGUGUUGAUGUGUGUCAUGACUAUCCUUUCAAAGCACUUCAUAAUUACAGAUGUGAGUACUACAGGGUGAUAGUCAUUUAGACAGGUUACCUUGGAGUUCUUGGGAACAGGGACAAUGGUGGUCAGCUUGAAACAUGUUGGGGUUACAGACUGGGACAAAAAGGGAUUUAAAUGUCAGUGAAGACACUUGCCAGCUGGUCUGCGCAUGUUCUUAGAAUGCAUCCUAGUAUUCUGUCUGGCCCGGCGGCCUUGGAAGUGUUAACCUGUUUAUAAGUUUUACUCACAUCUGCCACGGAGAGCGAGAUCACAUCUGGAACAACAGGGGCUUUCAUACAGGACUCUGUGUUGUUUUCCUCAAAGCGAGCAUAGAAGGCAUUUGGCUCGUUUGGGAGUUCUGCGUCACUGGCCAUCUCACUGGGUUUCACUUAAUAAUCUGUAAUCGUCUGCAAGCCCUGCCACAUUUGACGAGAGUUGGAGCCGGUGUAAUAGGAUUCCACCUUCCUCCUGUAUUGUAAUUUUGCAUGCUUAAUGUCUCGUUGGAGGUUGUAGCGUGCUUUUUGUAUUCGUCCAUGUCUGUGUCCCAUUCCUUGUAAGCGGUAGAACAGAUAUUGCCUGUAAUCCAUGGUUUUUGAUUUGGAUACUUUCGUACAUGUAUAGUCACUGUGGGGAGGACGUCGUCUAUGCACUUAUUGAUGAAGCCCGUGACUCCUCAAUGCUAUCAGAUGAAUCCCAGAACGUAUCCCAGUCUGUACUAGCAAAACAGUCCUGUAGCCUCGCAUCUGCUUCAUCGGAUCUCUUCCGUAUUCAGUACAUCACUGGUACUUCCUGUUUGAGCCUCUGGGUGUGUGCUUUCUUGUUUGUUCAUGGCCCCAUACAGUUCAUUGAGUGCCAAAGUGGUGUUAGCUUGUGGAGGGAUGUAGACAGCCAUGAUAAUUAUGGAUGAGAACUCUCUUGGUACAAAAAAGGUCUGCAGUUUACCAUGAGUUAUUCUAUGUCAGGUGAGCAAAUGCUUGAGACAUCCUGUUCUUGUUUAUGAAAAGGCACACCCCUCCCCCUUUGGACUUGCCCGAGGCUGCCGUCGUCCGAUUGUGCCAUGUUCAUAGAUUGGGACCAUCCAAGUUUCUGCGAGGCAUAUAAUAUUGCAGCUUUUUAAGUCUCUCUUAUAGGAGACUCUCGAAUGAAGCUCAUCCAUCUUUUUCUUGAGUGACUGGACAUUUGGACAAUAAAAUGGAGGGGAACGCUGGUCGAUUUUCUCUUCGUCUCAGUCUAACCAGGAUGCCAGCCCAUCUACCGCAUCUACGUCUGCUGCAUUUUGGUACUCCAUGAAACAAAGGAAUAAUGUCCAGUGUGAACAAAAGAACAGCUCAGUCAGAGUUGAAGUCGAAAUCGAGGUUAGUAACUGUCAAUCUGAUAUUCAAAAGUGCUUGGCAGUCGUGUGACAAUAGUAUGAAUUCUUGUUACACAAAAAGUAAAGAUAAACACGAAAAAAGUAACUAAAUAGCGAAGUCAGGUUGGAACUCGUAAGAUGGCUUGGGAGAAAAAGCAUGAUGCAGCAGCAUUACGGAACACAACAUUCGAGAUGCUUCCUAAAGUAGAGUGAUGGAUGACUGAAGUGAUUUGUUUCCACUCUGAUUUGAGUGCCUCUGCGUUUUAGGUUCCCUGUAUUUUGGAAGUCAUAAUUUCUCGCUGUCAUCCUUUAUUGCGUAAGUCUGGCUCAUGAGGUCUGCGGUGCUGCCUGCCUGCCUACAUAGGAUAUAGAAAGCUCCAUUCUCCCUCGCCUGUCCCCAUCGCUGGCUCCCUCGAUAAGAGCAGCACUCUCCUUGAUUGGAGACUGACCUGCAUUUAUUUAUCCGAGAGGGGAGGGAUGUAUGGGAUUUAAUGAAAACCAUAAGUAAUGCUUGAUAAUGGAGGCGGCUGGACAGGGGGUUGGUCAACCCAGAUCAGACCCCAGUUCAGGAACCAUUUGACUCUGUCCUGCUUUCAGUCAUUAUAGGCACUAACAACAAAUAGAGGUGUGGCUGGUGCAUUGCAAAUGUGUAUGGAUGCAAUGCCCAGCUUCUAUCAACUUGUCAUUGACCAGAAUCAGAGGUGGACUAUGAAGUCAUUUACAGAUUGCAUGCAGAGUCAAUACGGGAAAAAAAGCCUAAUUAAUCUGUGAUAAUAAAGGAGUUGAAACAAGAACAUAUUGAAUGACAUCAGUUAGCUUCACCAUAUAAGUAGAAAAACACCAAGACCCCUUUUAUUAACAGUGAGUUGACCUCCCAUUUGACUGUCGUCAUUAAACAGAAAUGGUUGUGAAAGCCAACAGGAGAUUCCUUGUCAGUCACAGCAGUCUGCUUGCUAGCACAUUCAAAUGUCAAAUGAAAAGCAGAACGAACCUGAUGUAUCUGAUCCCUCAGAUCUGUGGUUAAGGCUUAAGUUUCUCUCUCUGUGGGAGUCCUCUGCUAAUGAGGUGGACUGUUGGUCUCCAGUGAUGAUCUGCGAUGAUGAUGGGCGGUUUAUUUUCCCAGGAAUCACCACUGUGCUGACCAUGACCACCAUCAACACUCACCUGCGGGAGACCCUUCCUAAAAUCCCUUACGUCAAGGCCAUUGACAUGUACCUGAUGGGCUGCUUCGUCUUCGUCUUCCUGGCCCUGCUGGAGUAUGCCUUGGUCAACUACAUCUUCUUCGGCAGGGGACCCCAGCGCCAGAAGAGGGCGGCUGAGAAAGCAGCUGUAGCCAACAACGAGAAAAUGAGAAUAGAUCCAAACAAGGUACAGUACACACCAUGCACUGUACACUACCGGUCAAAAGUUUUAGAACACCUACUCAUUCAAGGGUUUUUCUUUAUUUUUACUAUAUUCUACAUUGUAGAAUAAUAGUGAAGACAUCAAAACUAUGAAAUAACACAUAUGACAGCUUUGCACACUAUUGGCAUUCUCUUAACCAGCUUCAUGAGGUAGUCACCUGGAAUGUAUUUCAAUUAACAGGUGUGCCUUCUUAAAAGUUAAUUUGUGGAAUUUUUUCCUUCGUAAUGCGUUUCAGCCAAUCAGUUGUGUUGUGAAAAGGUAGGGGGGUAUACAGAAGAUAGCACUGUUUGGUAAAAGACUAAGUCCAUAUUAUGGCAAGAACAGCUCAAAUAAGCAGAGAGAAACAACAGUCCAUCAUUACUUUAAGAAAUGAAGGUCAAUACGGAACAUUUCAAGAACUUUGAAAGUUUCUUCAAAUGCAGUCGCAAAAACCAUCAAGCGAUAUGAUGAAACUGGCUCUCUUGAUAAACAGGAAUGGAAGACCCAGAGUUACCUCUGCUGCAGAGGAUAAGUUCAUUAGAGUUACCAGCCUCAGAAUUUGCAGCCCAAAUAAAUGCUUCACAGAGUUCAAGUAACAGACACAUCUCAACAUCAACUACUCAGAGGAGACUGUGUGAAUCAGGCCUUCGUGUUCAAAUUGCUGCAAAGAAACCUCUACUAAAGGACACCAAUAAGAAGAAGAGACUUGCUUGGGCCAAGAAACACGAGCAAUGGACAUUAGACCGGUGGAAAUUUGUCCUUUGGUCUGGAGUCCAAAUUUGAGAUUUUUGGUUCCAACUGCAGUGUCUUUGUGAGAUGCGGUGUGGGUGAACGGGAUGAUCUCUGCAUAUAUAUUUCUCACGUAAAGCACGGAGGAGGAGAUGUUAUGGUGUGGGGGUGCUUUGCUGGUGACACUGUCUGUGAUUUAUUUAGAGUUCAAGGCACACUUAACCAGCAUGGCUACCACAGCAUUCUGCAGCGAUACGCUAAACCCAUCUGGUUUGCGCUUAGUGGGACUAUCAUUUGUUUUUCAACAGAACUUUGACCCAACACACCUCCAGGCUGUGUAAGGGAAAUUUGACAAAGAAGGAGAGUGAUGGAGUGCUGCAUCAGAUAACCUGGCCUCCACAAUCCCCCGACCUCAACCAAAUUGAGACGGCUUGGGAAGAGUCGGAGCGCAGAGUGAAGGAAAAGCAGCCAACAAGUGCUCAGCAUAUGUGGGAACUCCUUCAAGACUAUUGGAAAAGCAUUCCAGGUGAAGCUGGUUGAGAGAAUGCCAAGAGUGUGCAAAGCUGUCAUCAAGGCAAAGGGUGGCUAUUUGAAGAAUCUCAGUGUGUUAUUUCAUAGUUUUGAUGUCUUCACUAUUUGUCUUCACUAUUAUCUACAAUGUAGAAAAUAGUAAAAAUAAAGAAAAACCCUUGAAUGAGUAGGCGUUCUAAAACUUUUGACCGGUAGUGUACAUGGUUUUCACCUUCAUAGAAUACCCAGUAUUUUAAGGAGUAGCCCACUGGAUAGAUGAUACAAAUUACUGUAUGUAAUCACAGGCUUGAAAAGAACCAAAUGCUCUAGGUAGUGAAUCAUCUUUGUGUACAUUUAGAUAAAUUCUUAGUUUUCAUACAAUGCUUACUUUAUAAAAAUAUGACUGCUUAGUCUGUCCUGUAUCGUGAAUCGCUGUAUUAGUUGUUCCUGUCCAGUCUGUCCUCAUAAAUUCACUGUGAUUUCACUGUGAACCCACAAACACACAUGCACACUAAUUUGAGAGCUGACCGUUUCAGAUGAAAGCAGUGGCAUGACCUGAUUCUUGAGCUUUACUGUGGAAUGAUCUGGAAUGAAUCUGAUGUUUUCUCUUUUUCUUCUUCGCCUUAUGAAAGUGAAUUUAAUUAUUGAAAGAACUGACUGUGAAGCUAAAAGUAGUGAAGACAUGGAAGGUAAUAGUGUCACCACUUCAAAUGGGGGGGUAGAUUAAUGCUACUCUGCCUUACCGUCAAGGAGAACAAGCCUUAAUAAGCCUACGCCAGUCCUGUGUUAAUUCCAAAUAAGGCUCUUUGCCACCUGAAACACAGGCAGAGAGAGUGAUUUAUCACUGUGUUCUUUUGCCUAAAUGAAAUGGAAUGAAAGGCCAAGAAACAUUUAAAGCCCCUAAGAGAGCCUGUGGAGUUUAUGAAGUGAAGAGUAGUCUUCCUGUUACAUUUACCUGUUUUAAGCCUUGUUUAUACCUGGUGCUAUUGCAGCGUUCACGUGCUAGUCGGAACUAGAAAAUGUCCGACUUGCUAAUAGGCUGUAGUUAUGCACGUGCUGCGUUCAACCAGUUAGCAAAUCGGAAAUUGCAGAGUUUCCUAGUUCCGACUAUUAGGUGAACACGGCAUAACAUGUGACCAGAUUUCCUGGUCCCUCACUAUAUGCAGAUUAUUUGAUAAUAAUAUGUAUUAAUUUAUUUUAAGGCUAUUGAUCCCAUAGGUCAGUGGUGCUACCUGUCAAUUAUUUUAGAGACCGGUAUAAUGAUGAUUUAAAUGGUUUGACCAUCCAGAUCUGUUUAGACUUGAUUGUUAUCCAGAUACAAUGGAUCCUUGACUACCUCCGGAGGUGGUCAGGAAGAUCUGAUCACAAUCCGAUCACAAUGCAUCUUUUAAUCAUCUACACCUGUCAAAAAAAUGUGGGCACAAUCAGAAUGUGGACAAGAUCAAGAUAAAGGACACAUGUUAAAGCCAGGUAUAAACGGGGCUUCUAUGUCCUGAAAAUUUGAUUAAGUAUUGUAAAAGCUUUUCUCUUAACUACAUGUUAAGUGGGUUAACUGAAUGAACACAGGGUGUAUCAGACUCUGUUCUGUUUUCAGGUUGACACUUAUAAGAGAAAAAACAUGCAUUGGAUAGAGAUUUGGAUGUUGUGGACUGCAUUUAAAUAAAGGGAUGAAUAGUAGUUUCCUGUAGUACUAAAUUGUGAGUAAAAGUAUGUUUUUUUUCAGUGAAAUGUGAUAAUUGCAGCAACUGCCUCUCUGACCAUGGUUACAUUAAACAGAAUUGUCUAUUUUGUGUUCCCUCUCCUAGCAGCUGACCCAAGUGACUAUAAUGAUUGUGUAUGUUUUCAGUGGUUGGUGGGAAAUGUAGUUCAGAGAGACGAUACUCUGUAUGCGAGAAUGAAACAGAGGGAUAUUGACGCUCAUGACUCAAUGUGGGAACCAAUCUUUGUGGACGAUGCAGCGAUGGGACUAGGCGAGCAAAAGAAUAAGGUACUUGAUUAACAAUUGAUAGUGACAACAUACAGUAAAAUGCACAGUAAAAAGAACCCAACUAGAACCACUUUUGUAUUUCCUUUACACCACUUAUUAAAUUGUACCUAUAGUUUCCACCACCAUCAUUGUCCUCCCCUCCACUUUUAGACACUGUUUUCCACAUUCUAAACACAUUUUCAUUUUAUGUACUUAUCUGCCGGACUAUAUAUGGUAACAUCUAGCAAAUAAACACUGUGAUUGAUAGCUUCCCAUUUUAGUAGAUGGUGAAUACAUGAUAAGCUUCACUGUGCAAUCAUGUGUGAAAUUCACCUUGCCCUUUCUGUCCUCAACCCUCUACCAUAUGGUAUUGUACAUCUUCUGGAAAAUGGCGGAAAAGCACCUCGUCUUUCCAGGGAGGGAAUUAUCGGCAGUGGUGGAAAAAGUACUAAAUUGUCAUACUUGAGUAAAAGUAAAGAUACCUUAACAGAAAAUGACUAAAGUAAAAGUGAAAGUUACCUAGUAAAAUACUACUUGAGUAAAAGUCUAAAAGUAUCUGGUUUUAAAUGUACUGAAGUACAGUGGUAUAAAAAGUACUCUGUUGUCAUACUUCAGUAAAAGUAAAUGCUAUACAUCAAAUUCCUUAUAUUAAGCAAACCUGACAGCACAAUUUUCGUAUUAUUUUUGAUUACGGACAGACAGGGGCACACUCCAACACUCAGACAUCAUUUACAAACACAGUAUUUGUGUUUUGUUUGUCCGCCAGAUCAGAGGCAGUAGGGAUGACAAAGCAUUAUAUUGAUAGGUGCCAUAUUUCUGUCCUGCUUGAGCAUUCUAAAUGUAACGAGUACUUUUAGGUGUCAGGGAAAAUGUAUGGAGUAAAAAGUACAUUAUUUUCUUUAGGAAUGUAGUGGAGUAAAAGUAAAAGUUGUCAAAAAUAUAAAUAGUAAAGUAAAGUACAGAUACCCAAAAAACGACUUAAGUAGUACUUAAAACUAUUUUUACUUAAGUACUUAACACCACUGUUUACCGGUGGCGCUAGCCACAUGGCAUGUGGGGUUGAGGUGGUCAGCCAGAGACGACUCCACCGGGAGAAGAGUGAAAAACCCGGAUUCCUCCAUUCCUAGCAUGUCCAGGCAAGGGGUGUUGAGUUGAAGGAACAAAAUAGCAGGCACAAUUACAAACAUAUUUAAAUCUAGUAUUGGAUGACUAAAACUACUUAUACGACACAAAGUGUAAACAGUGAUAAAGAUAAAAGACAGUGACAACACCAGUGUUGGUGUUUAUCACCAUCACUGUUUACACUUUGUGUCAUAUAAGUAGUUUUAGUCAUCCAAUACUAGAUUAAAAUAUGUUUGUAAUUGUGCCUGUUAUUUUGUUCCUUCAACUCAACAUUGUCAGGGAGUAUAACUCACUGAAAGAAAGAAGUAAAUACAGUAUGUCUUUCACAUUCUAUGGUAAAAGGGACCCACAGUUCACCCAAAUAAACAUUAAUUAAUUAAUAUAAUUUAUUAUUUUUUUUAAUUAUCAGGAGGGGCUGUUAUAAAAUUGUUAAGAGGGAUUUCUUGGUAUGGAUUCUAAAUGAAGACAUUAGACCUCAGGCUAUUCAUUCAUUGCUUGUAGCAUAAUUAAUAAUACAUAUUAAGAGUUUCAAUCCAAAACUAUAAAUCCAUUUUCAGAAAUGUUGGUAAAUUAGCUUUUAUUGUUUAAAGAACAUAUGAAAGAGAUUGGUUGUUUUUUUCACCAUCUAAUCAUGGCAUGGCAGACAUGUAUUUAUUUGAAAUCUAUCACUUGAUGGUUUCAUUUCAGAGAGACAAAUAAUCCAGAUAAUUAAGUAGUACUGCUAGGUUCCAUUUAAAAUAUAUAGUUUUGAUAUCACACUUAUGGGGAUUCACUCUAGCGGAAUCUCUAACUGAAGUACCAAUCACAGCAUCUGUUGGAGACAGACAGGUCGAGAGGCGAAUGAGUUGAGCCCCGAGGUUGACACUAAGAAAUGUAGGACUCCAGCUCCUGUCGAUAGUGUUGAGUACUGACCGAAAGGAAAGUUUUGCUUCAAGUAUAAUUAAUUUCCUACUCCUAGCUAUCGAGAGUUGGUGAAUCCUUGCCAAAGGGCUUUAGCUAACUUGGCUAGCUAGCUGGAAAGCUAGCUAACCACACCAUCAUUACUACCUGCAACAUGGUACUAUUGUUAGCUCCCUUCUCUCAUCUAAUUUUCACUUACGUUUACUCGUGUUAAUUAGACCGACUGAUUGCCUCACAGCUCUACGGUUGUGGGAGUAUAUCUACCCAAAAGCGAAUUGCCCCAACGCGGUUCCCUUCAGCUAGCACUGUACUAGCUACGAGGUAACUGCUAGCUAGCUAACGCAUUACUAGCCUCGCGGCUUAGUGUUCACACAGUGCUCACCCUAGCUAGCAUUAGCCGCAAGGCUUCUAAUUAGCUAGCUCCCGCGUAACAACAGGCGUCUUCAUAUCAGCAAGCCCUGCUCUGUACAAUGGCUACUGCUGCCCCAUCCCAAGGCGAACCUAGCCAGGCACUCAAACCCUCAAGUUCUUUUGCUUGCGUUUCUAUGAUUGCGGUGAAGGAUUUUCACCUUCUAUGCAUCAAUUGCCUGGGAAGGGAACAUGCUCAGGCAGCACUCGAUGACCUCAAGUCCUGAGAACAUUGUAAAGUACUGACUAGAGUCGAUUCCAUCCCCUCACUGUCUGACGAAUUGGUGCCAGGGAAGGUGAGCUAUGGGAUGACGAGGACAAUGGCGGGAUUCAUCUCGUGGGUCUCCUCGACUUUGAAACUGAGAUGGAGGGUGAAGACACCACUCUUCCAUCACCAGUCCCCCAGGAUGGAGGAGCUGCAAAUCUCCCCCACUUGAAAUUUGGGCUCUUUGACAUUUGCAAGCGAGCCACAGCCAAACUCGGCAUCGAGUGGCCGGCUCCCUUGUGAGGUUAGGGUUCCGUAAGGGACCUGUACGAUGGGAAGAGUCUUCCAUACCACUCGGCCCCAGUCAAGCAACUGCUUCUCGCAGUACCCUCUCCAGCAAGAUCCAGGUUAGUGGUGCCCCUUGCCUGGACAUGCUAGGAAUGGAGGAAUCCAGGUUUUUCCACCCUUCCCCCAGUGGAUCCGUCUCUUGCUGACCACUUCAACCCCACAUGCCAUGCUGCUAGUGCCACCAGUAAUUCCCUCCCUAGAAAGACGAGGUGCUUUUCAGCCUCCAUUUUCCAGAAGACGUACAAAGCCUCGGCCAAGUCAAUCAGAGCACUUAAUGUGACCUCUUUAUUGUUGGCAUAUCAGGCUGAGUUACUGGAGGAGAUGGGGAAAGAACUGGAUUUGGAUACCCUAAAUCCAGAUACUUGAGAUGAGAUCUGUAUGAUUACAAACCUUAACAUCCACGCCAUCCUUAGCGCCAUCCAAAGCUGUGGUCACACCAUAAGCGGUAGUGGGAGAGAUGGCACUUUGGUUAAGCCUGUCCAGCUUAACAGACAAAGAAAAAGUGGAGCUGCUGGAUGCCCCAGUGACACCCAACGAGUUGUUUGGGCCCACUGUCGCCGCUAUGCGGCAGAAGUGUGACAUGCAUAAGAAAGAAGGCGAAGCCUUCCCCACAAACCCGGGCCCUGUGGCAGCCCGUUGGUCACAGCAACCUGCUCCACAGCGGAUAAGGGGCAACAAGCUGGGCAAGGCGCAACACGCUGUGGACGCUGCAAGGUUCCGCCCUCUCAACCCCCCGAAAGGGGGCAUGAAGGGCCAGCCAACUUAGGGUGCAGCCCUAGCGGCAGAGGAAUAUUGUGUCCCUGCCCUAUCCAGACUCUUUCGUGUUCAACGUGAGCCACUCUCUCCUUAUGCGAGUGCGUUUUGAAUAGACCCCGUUCACUGUGUAGCAGCACAUCCCAUUUAAUUGCUCACAUGGGAAUGUGGAGGAGAAGCACUUUACCCCCGAUUGCCAUCCCCCUAUAGGCUCUCCCCUCGUCACCCUCAAAAAUCAGGUUCCAGCCAGGGAUGAAAGUCAGCAUGUCUGUUACUCCUGAGUCUGCAACGCUCUGACGUUUUCCUAUUUACACUGCACUUGAUUCAUGCAGUGGGGCCUGUGCCCGCUCUACCUCUCCUAGCCGGGAGCGAGCGGCUGGGGAAAUGUUUGUUAUUGAUAGCCCUACUUUCUGAGGGAGGGCCAGACAGACCAGGCACAUAGCUAGCUGUUCUACCGGAUUAGGAUUAGGACAUCUGGGUCACCAGGAUGUUUCCUUCUUCCUUUUAGCUACAUUGGUUGACGACUUACGUCAUUGUGUCGGCUACUCUCUUGCACGAGCACCCGCUCGGUGACACAGUAUACCUAUGCCUGUUGCCACUCUACUGAGGGCACAGUCCUAGAGGAUCAAGCAUGUUUUGAGAAAAACACUAUGCAUAUGCCUCGAACACAUUACGAGACAGCCCAGUUAACUGGGAUACUCUCUGCCCUUGCGGUGUUAUCAACUUCUGAGAGUCCGUUUUUUGCAUCUAUCCAGACUGACUCCACAUGAGAGUAGUUUGGAGGCUCCAUCAAUAUAUGGUGGUAACGUACCUCUAGGGAUGUACCUGUAAUGUACCUUUGCUUCUGUCAAGGGUGAUGCCCCACACUUUCCCUCCGUUAGCAGAGUGAGGUAACAGGCUUAUCUCGAUGACCAGGGAUGCCCUGGUUGGCGGAGAUCACUCUCCUGCUAACAACCAUCCCUGGCGGUUGCCGUUACGCAGGGAUCGUCAGACCCAUGCAUACUGAGAAAUGGACCACCCUCACCCAGUGCAAUGGCCCUCUGGCCGUGGCCCGUGAGAUGUAAAGACUGAAUGCGACAGACCUACCACUCGAGAUCAUCAGAAUCCAGAAUCUUUACGCUCACUGUGGAAACUAGUAAUGUGCUUUUGAGAAGUGGUAUGACCUGAACAGAUCAUUAUCUUAAUGCUCUGUAUCCAGGACUUUUUAUGCCUCAUCGCCCAACCUUUCUUUUACAAAAGAAAACAUGUUUACAAAUAAAUAUCAAUACAGUAAUAUGAGAUCUGUAUGUAAAAUAUUUACAUUUGAGUCAUUUAGCAGAUGCUCUUAUCCACAGUGACUUAGAGUUAGUGCAUUCCUCUUAAGAUAGCUAGGAUGAGACAACCACAAAUCAGAGUCAAAUAUACAGGAUAAGAACAUUGCAUACCAGCUAAACUGAGUGUACAAACCAUUAGGAACACCUGCUCUUUCCAUGACAUAGACUGACCAGGUGAAUCCAGGUGAAAGCUAUGAUCACUUAAAGGACAUACAGCCAACUUGACACAACUGUGGGAAGCAUUGGAGUCAACAUGUGCCAGUAUCCCCGUGUAAUGCUUUUAAAAUCUAAAAAUAAUGAAUAAAAGAUUCUGAGAACAGUGAUAUUUUAUACUCACAUGAAGGUACCCAUAAGCAAUCAUUUCUGAUGAAAAAAAAACGUACAAAAUUGGUGGAUAUAGCAUUUUGUAACUAAACUCUUUAUAUCAUUUCUCACCUUCUAGAUGGACCCACACGAAAACAUUCUACUGGGCACCAUAGAAAUUAAAAAUGAGAUGGGAGCGUCGGAGCUGACCCUUGGUCUCAGUGACCCCAGGAGCACAAUGUUAACUUAUGACAGCUCCACCCUGCAGUACCGCAAAGCAGGGCACAACUUUGGACGCAACACUCUGGAGCGUCAUGUGACUCAGAAGAAGAGCCGGCUACGGAGGCGUGCUUCCCAGCUGAAGAUCAACAUUCCCGACUUGACUGAUGUAAACUCUAUCGACAAGUGGUCGAGAAUGAUCUUCCCCACUGUCUUUUCCUUGUUCAACAUUAUCUAUUGGCUCUACUACGUCAAC